AAAUAUUGUCUCAUCUCAUGAUUAGAAUUCACAAAAUGGUGUAUCAACUUAUAGUUUUAACGUUUGCACUUCUGACUAUCGGCGCUUCGGCGAAAAAUGUGCGAAUUCUUGGCGGCCAAAACGCAGAUACUCAAGCAUAUCCGUUUAUUGCAUCAUUAAAACGCAUGGACGAUCCUAAUACCUUCUGUGGUGGUGCAAUAAUAAGUAACAAGCACAUACUUACAGCCGCUCAGUGCAUGUGCUACGUCAAAUAUGAGUUCAAACUUAUUAGAGUUUUCACAGGCAUAAUUUCUAUGGAUACGAAUGUAGGAACUCCACAUAGAAUUGCUCAGGUUUAUGUUCAUCCUAGAUUCACAGGUAUACAGAAUAGUGAUGAAAUGAAUCUGCACGAUAUUGCUGUUAUUCAGCUAGGAAAAGCAAUUGAAUUUAAUGAAUUCCAAAGCGCCAUCGAACUAUUAAACAGAGAUGUUAUUGACAAUGAGAUUGGUUUUGUUUUGGGAUGGGGAUCAACGACUUACCCACUAAAUUCAUAUCCUUUACAAUUGCAAAAAGCCGAAAUGAAUAUAGUUCCAUCAAGAAUGUAUAAAAGACUUUUUAAUUUUCUUGUACACGACAUUCAAUUUUGCGUUUUGGAUAAAAGAGGAGUAGGAACAUGCACGCUGAAAAAAGCAAUUGAAUUUAAUGAAUUCCAAAGCGCUAUCCAACUAUUAGACAGAGACGUUGCUGAGAAUGAUAACGGAUUUGUUUUGGGAUGGGGAUCAACGACUUUCCCAGAAAAUUCAUAUCCUUUACAAAUGCAAAAGGCCGACAUGAGAAUUAUUCCAGAAAGAUUUUAUUCUACAUAUUUUAAAUUUCUUGUACACGAUACUCAAUUUUGCGUAUUGGAUAAAAAGGGAGUAGGAACGUGGACGGGCGAGGGUGGAGAUCCGUUUGUAGUGGAUGGAAAACUCGCCGGUUUCGUAUCACUUACUCAUCCAUGCGCUCUUGGUACACCUGAUAUUUAUACAAAAAUUUAUUAUUAUGUUGAUUUUAUAAGAGAGAUGAUGAAUAGAUGA